AUGGUUGGUUACCGGUACCUGUUUCUGGCAAUUGCCUCUGUGGCAGCUGGUGCGCCAGCAUCUGGUGGUGCAGAAACGUUGUCCCUUCCAUCCGUGACCCAGAUACCAGCCAUUGAGACGCAGGCCCCUAACGGAACGGCGUCUGGUGCUGGUGCUCCCUUAGUUACCAGCGCUACGACAGUCAUCACAACCCAUGGCCCUUAUUCAGGGACUCCCACGACGACUGGGGCAGAGCAGGGACCGGCCACUAUCAGUGCAACCAUCCCGUCUCAGCCAAACCCGUGGGCAACAUACUAUAAUCCCAAUGGCAAACUAACUCAACCGCAGCCCAUGCCGUACAUGCCAGCGGGUGGCGUUGGGACCAACGGGACUCUCCCGGUAUACAUGGUCCAGAGCGACUAUGACUAUCAGUCAAUCGCUCUAGGCAUCCACCAAGAGUUCAUCGAACUGGACCUCUUCCAUUAUGGUGCGCAAGUCUUCAGCGAGCAGGACUUCAUCGAAGCUGGUCUUACAGCUGAGGAUCGCGCCCUGCUCCAGUACAUGGCUCUACAGGAAGCAGGCCAUGCAUCACUACUGGCGGACAUGUUGGGCGAGUCUGCGCCUAAGCAAUGCACGUACAACUACCCUUUCAAGACGGUCCGCGAAUAUAUCGACUUUAAUGUCCGGCUCACUCGCUGGGGUGAGUCUGGGAACUGGGGUUUCCUGAGCCAUCUUGACUCGAAGGAGGUUGCGACGCUCCUGGUGCAAGCUGAGGCAAUCGAGGCCCGUCAACAGUCUGUGUUCCGCCAGUGGCUAGGUCUCCACCCUAUGCCAAUCUGGUUUGCCCCAGGCAUCCCUCAAUCCUGGCAUUGGACUCUGCUUUCUCAGUACAUCAGCUCUUGUCCGGAGAACAACACUCGUCUGGUAUGGCAAAAUUUCCCCAGUCUCCACGUUGUCAACCAGCCAAAUGCGAAUAGAAUCUCUCCCAACAACACCGCAGACUUCGAAGUCGUCGGUAACCGUACUGGUGACCCGAGCAAAUCGAACAUCGCCGAAGACCAAUCUUGCGUCCACGUCAAUGUCACUGGUUACGACUGCGGCCCUGCUAUCUCGCGAGUUAGAAACCAGCCACUGAGUUUCCCCGGCCGCGAGGUCUUCUUGGAGUGGGAUGACCCUGGCAAGGCCGUGGGACCUAACAAUAGCUACAUCACUUCGACCACGGCAGGUCAACCGGCAUUUGUCGCGUGGCUAUCCCAGCUGAACCUCACCUACACUCCGCUCAAUGUCACUGGGCCUAACUCUGGAACUACCUUCCAGCCUGCGGCCAACGUGUUUGACGCUGACCCGGCCUUGAAUGGCACGGCAUUCAUUGCGGUCACGGAUACGGACCUCUAUGUCACACCGUAUAAUCUCACGCUGCUCAACCCGCACGUUAGAGCAUUGGGUCUAUACUAUUCUGGCUAA